AUGGCGUCGAUGCUGCUUGGGGUGAAGGACGACGGCGAUGCCCGCGCCUUCACGCACGCCGUGCUGGAGUGUCAAUACGAGCUUGCAGACUGGCUGUUGCGGAUGGCCAGCAUGAGUACCCCAAAGAUCGCUGCGCCGGCCCUGGGCGCGCUCGGACGCUUGCUGCAGGCCUGCGCCGACCGCGCCGCCGCGGCGCGGCUGGCCGCUCGCUGCGCGAAAACGCCCGCUGUGAUCAACAGCGCGGCGCAGCUCGUGGCGGACGGCGGCAGCGGCGACAGGGGCGGCGGCGCCACCGGAGGCGGCGCCAGCGGUGGCAGCGUCAGCGGCGGCGACAUCCGCAGCAAUGCCAGUCGUGGCGGCAGCCGCAGCGACGCCGUCUCGCGCGCCAGCUUCGAAAUCGAUUGCUACAACAACUUGUUUGCCGCCCUGAACAUCGACAGCGCGGUGGCCCUCUUGCGCCACACAGCACACGCCAGCCCCGCCGCCUGCGCCGACCUCGCCGCGCAGCCCGCGCUCGUAAGUGCCGCGGCCACCUUCUUGGCUGAUGCCAGCCGCGCGGCGCGCCAGAGGGACAGCCUCGCACUGCUCGGCGCCGUGGUGGCGCAGCUGCCGGCGGGCAGGGCGAAGGUUGCGUUCGCUGCACUGGUGGCGUGCACGCCCGGCGUGCUGCCCGCGCUCGUUCGCCUGUUAAACAGCCCUGACGCGGGCGACAGGUUCCACGCUGUGCGCCUCGUGCAGUUCGCCGCUGAGAAUGUCAGCGCCGUCGCCGCGGCGCUGCGCCAACUGCCACUCCCCACAGCGCUCGUGGCGCUGCUGCGGCGCGAGGGGGCCGGUGGCUGCCCGCCCGAGCAGGGUGGGCUGUGCGGGACGUGUCUCGCGGCACUCGAAGUCUCAUGGUUCAUGUGCACCACAGACGCGUGGACAUGUGGCACCGACCUGGCGUGCUCCUUCGCCGACCUGCUGUCGCGCGCGCCGGCCGCCACCGAGGCGCUGGCGCGGCAGCUCGACGCCUGCCCUUGGCACCCCCUGGAGACGUCUGCGGCGGCCACAAUUGCGAAGGCGGUCUGCACCGCCGCGGUCGAGCCGGGACGCCAGGGGCACACAGAUGUGCUGCGCCGCCUUGUCGCGGCGCCCGGCAGCCUGCCUGCGGCGACGGCGCGCGCCCUCGAGGCGCUGCUCAAGUUCUCAUAUGCUCAGAACUUCAAAUGCUCGGCCCAGCAGCCCGUGUCGCAGGAGCAGGUGUGGAUGAGGAGUUGGCAGCAGCAGCAGCCGCCGCAGCGACUAUGA